AUGGUGUCAAGUGAGAAACCUUUCAAGUGCGAGUUCGAGGGAUGCGAUCGCCGCUUUGCCAAUUCCAGCGACCGUAAGAAACAUUCUCACGUACACACCUCGGAUAAGCCCUACAACUGUCGUGUCAGAGGCUGCGACAAGAGCUACACACACCCGAGCUCCUUACGCAAACACAUGAAGGUGCACAGCAAAUCACCGCCGCCGCCGGGUUCAUUCGAUGACGUCAACGAAAGUAGUAGUGAGCCCUCACCGGCGGGAUCGUCGGAACACAACAGCCAGGCUGUCGGAGGUGGCAGCGGGGGGACCACGGGAGGAGCGGGUGUAGGUGGAAGCAGUGGAGGCUCGAUUACGGCGUCGAGCUUAGCGACGAACGCGGGAACGAACUUGAGUGAAUGGUACGUGUGCCAAAGUGCGGGAGGGAUGCCCACCCCUCCCAGUAACGAGCCUUCCCCGGUAGGGACGGGAGCCAAUAGCCAUGGUCCAAGUGUGGGUUCGACACUCUUGACGCAUUCUGCAGGCCUAGGUCGGGGACCCAACACAGGAUCGUCAUACCCGUGA